AGGAAAGAAAUGCCAAAGUGAGAGAAGGAAGAGUUGAGCGGAGAAACUUUGGAAGGAAACGUUUCUUCGUACAGGGAGGUUGUGAGUAAUGAGAAGUCAACAUGGAAGCACAGUCCCACAGCACUACUAUGAGUGAAAAGAAAAAAGUAGAGAAUUCUCUAGUGAAAGGUCAUACUCGGACCGAUGUGAGUGAGAAGGCAGUUGCCUCCAGCACAACAUCCAAUGAGGAUGAAAGUCCAAUUCAGGCCUAUCACAGAGAAAGAAGGAAUGCAAUUACCAUGCAGCCACAAGGAGGGCAAGGCCUUAGCAAAAUCAGUGAGGAGCCUUCUACAUCUAGUGAGGAAAGGGCCUCAUUAAUUAAGAAAGAAAUCCAUGGAUCUAUAACCCAUCUACCUGAACCUUCUGUUCCAUAUCGUGGCACUGUUUUUGCAAUGGAUCCAAGAAAUGGUUACAUUGAUCCACACUAUCAUACACCUCACCUAUUUCCAGCCUUUCACCCCCCAGUGCCAAUUGACGCAAGGCAUCAUGAAGGUCGAUAUCAUUAUGAACCUUCCCAUAUCCCUCCACUGCAUGUGCCUUCUGCAUUAGCAAGCAGCCCAACAUAUCCAGAUCUUCCGUUCAUAAGGAUAUCUCCACACAGGAAUCCUGGAACACCAGACUCGCCAUUCAGCCCUCAUCACCCUUAUAUUAAUCCAUACAUGGACUAUAUCAGAUCAUUACAUAGUAGCCCUUCACUUUCUAUGAUAUCAGCAGCACGUGGACUCAGCCCUACUGAUGUUCCACAUGCUGGCGUCAGUCCCGCGGAAUAUUACCAACAUAUGGCGCUACUCGCAGGACAACGAAGUCCGUAUGCUGACAUUAUUGCUUCACCAACAACUCCAGGGGCUGGAGCCGCUGCUCUUCAUAUGGAGUAUCUCCAUGCUAUGGAAAGUUCCAGGUACCCCAGCCCCAGACUGACAGCAAGGCCAAGCCGAAAACGGACGUUGUCUAUAUCCCCACUCUCAGAUCACAGCUUUGACCUGCAGACCAUGAUUCGAACAUCUCCAAACUCUCUAGUUACUAUUCUUAACAACUCACGAAGCAGCUCCUCAGCUAGUGGCUCUUAUGGACAUUUAUCAGCAAGUGCAAUAAGCCCGGCCUUGAGUUUUACAUACCCACCUACCCCUGUGUCCUUACAACAGAUGCAUCAGCAUAUAUUAAAUCGACAGCACAGCAUCGGAUCAGCAUUUGGACACAGUCCCCCACUUAUUCAUCCUGCACCUACGUUUCCUACUCAGAGAACUAAUCCCGGCAUUCCCAGUGUGUUAAACCCUGUCCAGGUCAGCGUGGGCCCAACAGAAGUAACACAGAACAAGCCUACAAGUGAGUCAGCUGUGAGCAGUACAGGGGACCCAAUGCAUAAUAAACGCUCCAAGAUUAAACCUGAGGAAGAGCUACCAAGCCCAGCUGCUGGAUGCAUACAGGAUCAGCCAGAUGGAAUGACUCUGGUAAAAGAGGAGGGGGACAAAGAUGAAAGUAAACAAGAGCCUGAAGUAGUCUACGAGACAAACUGCCAUUGGGAAGCCUGCUCCAGAGAGUUCGACACACAAGAACAGCUAGUGCAUCAUAUAAACAAUGAUCACAUACAUGGUGAAAAGAAGGAAUUUGUAUGCCGCUGGCUGGACUGUUCCAGAGAGCAAAAGCCAUUUAAAGCUCAGUAUAUGCUGGUCGUCCAUAUGAGAAGACACACAGGAGAGAAGCCACACAAAUGCACAUUUGAAGGCUGUUCAAAGGCUUACUCCAGAUUAGAAAACUUGAAAACCCACUUGAGAUCUCACACUGGAGAGAAACCUUAUGUCUGUGAGCAUGAAGGCUGCAACAAGGCUUUCUCUAAUGCUUCUGACAGAGCCAAGCACCAAAACCGAACUCAUUCUAAUGAGAAACCAUAUGUAUGUAAAAUCCCUGGCUGCACUAAACGAUACACAGAUCCCAGCUCUUUGAGGAAACAUGUAAAGACUGUCCAUGGUCCUGAGGCUCAUGUUACUAAGAAACAGCGUGGUGACAUCCACCCAAGACCUCCUCCACCAAGAGAGCCGGGGAAUCAUUCACAAUCCCGAUCACCAGGCCAUGCGGUUCACGGUGCACAUGGAGAGCACAAGGACCUCAGUAACACUACCUCAAAGCAUGAAGAAUGCCUCCAUGUAAAAUCAGUGAAAACUGAAAAACCAAUGACAUCUCAGCCAAGCCCUGGUAGUAAGUCUUCAUGCAGCAGCGAGCAGUCCCCCAUCAGCAACUAUACCAACAGUGGGAUCGAGCUUACUCUGAAUAAUGUAGGCAGCAUAGGAGACCUCAGCAACCUGGAUGAUACCCCAAUCAUGGACUCUACCAUUUCCACAGCAACCACAGGACUUGGUUUACAAGGCAGGAGGAUAAUGACAGGAACUAAAUGGAUGGAACAAGUUAAAUUAGAAAGAAUCAAACAGAUUAAUGGUAUACUUCCAAGACUGAACCCUGUACCACCUUCCAAGGCCCCAUCUCUGCCACCUAUCUUUGGAAAUGGUUUCCUGCCAGGCAGUAACCUUAGUUUGGGAGACUCAAUGUCCAUUCUUCCUAGCCAAAAUGAGUUUUCAAGUACUGACAUCACAGUAUUGAAUAUGUUAAACAAUAGAAGGGACAGCAAUGCUAGUACAAUCAGCUCUGCAUACUUAAGUAGUCGAAGAUCUUCUGGAAUUUCACCAUGUUUUUCUAGCCGAAGAUCAAGUGAGGCUUCCCAAGCAGAAGGAAGGGUUCAGAACAUCAGUGUUGCAGAUUCAUAUGAUCCCAUCUCUACCGAUGCCUCAAGAAGGUCAAGUGAUGCAAGUCAGUGUGAUGGUUUGCCUAGCCUCUUUAGCCUUACUCCAGCACAGCAAUACAGGUUAAAAGCCAAAUAUGCUGCUGCUACAGGUGGUCCUCCACCAACACCAUUACCUAACAUGGACAUGAUGAGUCUUAAGACCAGAAUGGCAUUAUUGGGUGACACAAGAGACAGUAGAUUAUCUCCCCUUUCUUCAAACAAUGUUCCUAGGAGAUGUAGUGAUGGUGGAGUGAGCAGAAGACAUUUAAUUCCCAGCGAGUUACAAGCAAAUGCUAUGCGUAGGGCAAGUGAUCCUGUAAAAAUGGUGUCUUCUAAUUUAUCUACUGGUAGAGUUCAACGUUUCAACAGUCUAAAUGGCAUCAGUUCUCAUGAUGUGCCUGCACUUACCGAUAGGCGUAACUUGGCUCUGCAAAAUUAUACACGCAGUGUAUAUUCUCCAUGUCCUCCCAGCAUUAGCGAAAAUGUGGCCCUGGAGGCCAUGAUUAUGGAAGCCGAAGGGAAUUUGGAUGAUGAGGACUUCUUACCAGAUGAUAUGGUUCAGUACCUUGAUUCACAAAACCAAAGUUUGUAUGAAAACUCACAGAACAGUGAACCAGAAACACCACAAAACAAUACAACUUCAACAAGGAACAUUAAUUAUCACCACCCCCAUAUGACUAAUGGCUCAUUUUAUCAGCAAGUUCGAAAUGGGGAGCUGGUAGACCAAUUAAAUAAUAAGAAUGACCUCCCAAUACAGUGGAAUGAAGUUAGCUCAGGCAGUGCAGAACAGUCCCCUUCGAGAAUGAAAUACGGGCAACGUUUUGUUACGCAGCAAAUUCGACCUUUUGGUUUGUACAGUAAUAUGGUCGUUCAGCAGCAAAACAUGACAAAAAAUGGACAGUCACAGCAGAGGGGCUACCAUAAUGCACAGAAUAAUUCUCAAAUGAUACAGAAUAAUUAUAAUCUGUACACUACUUCCCUGGCUAACAAAGACCAGCAAUAUCCAGUACCCUGCAGCCCAGCAACCAGAGGGCAGAAGUGUGCAAGUAACAGCCAGAUUAACAGUGCACUGCAGAACUUUGUAUCAUCCAUGCACUAUGCUGAGCAGUUAUCUGAUGCAGCUCAAGUAUUACAGAAUUCAAAUCUUUUAAACCAAGAAUAUAUUCAACAGCUUGCAACUGAACACAUGAUAUAUGGCAUGAAUUUGUUAGGAGUAAAUCGAUCUAAUCAGUCAGUCGCGGGUCAGAACAAUCAGAAUAUGGCAGCUGCACAGAAUUUCCCACCAACAGUGCAACCCAGUGGUAACCGACAAAAUCCACAGGCCAGAAAUGACCUAACAUGCUUUAGCACAGGUGGGAAUGGCAGGCAAAAUGUACAAAGAAGUAUAUCAUAUAUUCAAGAUCAAGUGAAUGACAACAGCCAACAAAUUUACAAAAUGAAUGGCGUGAAAACAGAAAUGUCACCACAACAACAUUGCGCAAAUUCACAGAACUACUCGGGUCAGUUGUAUGACCAGGCAAUGGGCUACCCUCAACAGAGAUUGAAAUCCAGCUCUCUGUCUGUCCCAGAAGGCAGCUGCCUAAUGGAAGACGGUAAUAAUGCCAAUGCUUCUGAGCUUCUCUCACCAGGAGUUAACCAAGUCACAAGUACAGUUAAUAAUAUUGAUGGCAGCAGUUUAGAUGGGGUGCAAAUUGAUUUUGAUGCCAUCAUAGAUGAUGGGGAUCAUGCCAGCCUAAUUUCAGGAGCUCUAAGUCCAAGCAUCUUCCAGAACCUGUCUCGUAAUUCAUCACGUCUUACAACUCCCCGAGCAUCUCUUACAUUCCCAACCAUGCCAGUGAUUACCACUAACAUGGCAAUUGGGGACAUGAGUUCUUUAUUAAGCUCACUUGCAGAAGAAAGCAAGUUUCUUGCUGUUAUGCAAUAAAUUGGAGGACUAAAAUGAACUGUACAUGAAUAUAAAAGUAACUCAUUUUAUAUGUACGUACAUAUUUUAGCAAUUUUUAUCCCAGUUAAAAGGGAUACAUUCCAAGUAUGUUCCAUUAUGGAAUAAUGACUCAAGCCCUAAAGUGUUAUAGGGAGAAAUAGUCUUCCAUUUCAGUUUUGGAUCAGUAUUGACAGCUCAAAAUCAUGCAUUUGUUUUUCUUGCUGAAUGGGUCUAUAUGAUUCCCUUUAAAUGUAAAGCGAUCUAAUAGUGUGAUGUAUGUGCAUGUUUGACAUGUUUUUUCAAAAACAUCUUAAUUCUCUUUAGUUGCUUGGUUUAAUCAUUUAAGUGACUGAUCUUGUGUAAAUGUAUUCUUUUGGAAAACUUAACUUGCCAUUCUAAACCAACUUAUCACAGCUUGUUGUGGCCACCCUGUCUCAUUCUUGCUUGUGUCCGAUUUGCAGAUAAUGCAGUUGUAAUUAUGCACCACUAGAGUGUAAAUACAUCCAGGUUGCAGUUCUGGAUGGUGUUAAGGGUAGCAUGCCAAAAAUACAGUACAGAAAAUGACUUGGUCUAUUAAAUGUAUUGUUAUUAUUUACAUGAAUAAGUGUUUUUCUGCUUGUUUUUUCAGCUUGGAAAUAAUAGAAAUACCUUAAAAAUGGACAUCUACGCAAAGGCAAUCAUUAUGUCAUGUCAUGCCAAGUUUUAAAAAGGCCAGUCAUGACUUAUUUAGUCCCUGUAAAACAUAUAUAUGCCAUAUGGGCCAGACCUAUAUUAACACUGACAUUUUUGCUUAUAACUUGAUGUAAUAAACGGCAACCUGUUUGUAGAAAGGGAAAUCUCCACUUGUAUUUUGUUUUUUAUAAUUAUUGUUAUUGUUGUGUGCAAAGUGUAUGGUACUCUUGUUUUUGACAUAUUGGUUCAGUACUUGACUUCAUGUAGCACUGCAGACAUAAUUUCCCAAAGAGGCUUGAUUUUAAUUAUGUUAAGUCUUAAUAUGGUACUACUUUACUGUUCAAAUGUUUCUUGUACUAUGUCUGUAGUUGUAUACAUUACACAUCAGUGUUUAAGUUCUUUAUUGAAAUGUAUGUGCCUUAUUUUAUGUUUAUUCUUUAAAUGGGGACCAAGAAUAUUGCCAAACCAUAGCCAUCCUCCCGCAGUUCUCAAAUUCAGCAGAUAA